ACACUAGCUACUUUCACAAUUCACGACGACGUGCGUGACUGUCAGUGCGUGACUCUGGUAUAUUAUAUACAGCUGCGAUGUACACUUGUUAAUAUCGUUAUAAUGCAAUGUGCGCGCGCGCGCGCACUCGAUAUUUUGCGAACUGCUCUUUUCGCUGUCUCGCGCGAUCUUUGUCCCACCCGCAUCGGCUUAUUGGAACGAGUUGGUAUUACGUGAAAUACUCCCACCCCUCUCUCUCUCUUUCUCUCUUCUACUGUCGCUAGUCGCGCUCCGACUUUUUAAAUCCUCGGAUUUCACUGCCCAGGAUAACCGUUGGGGAAUAUAGAAACUGCGGAUACGGAUGGGCUGUUCACUGUUCACUCGCUCUCGAGUUCGCAUAGCGUUCGCUUCAGUCCUUUUCUUGAAAAACCUGUUCGAUUGGUCGGUCGCGAAUUCGCGAUGCAUGCACGGCUCGCUGGUUGCCGGCUCGGCCGCUAGAGCAUAGUUUUAAUAAGUUGAAAUCGCGAAAAAACCGCAAGGCUGUGCUAUAUACUGCAGCAGCUCGAGUAAAGGGUGUUACGGUAAGAGGUUAUACGAGAAUCCUUCGAACGUUAAAUUUGAAUACCCGCGGAGCUAUAUUUGAAAAUUCAUCGAACUCGCGAAUGAUAACCGGCGCACGCUGACAUUUCGAGUAGAGAACUGCAGUCGUUGCUGUCUCGACUUUUGAUAAGACAGAGCCCUACAGUUUUAGCUUUUAACUUACACAGCUGAUUUCAGCUCCUGCAUAAGAUUCUGCUCCGCGAUAUAUUACAAAUAUCAAAGUUCUAUACACUUUCUCUAAUAACUUAUACAAAAAAUAAAAAAUUACAUCUCGUCAAUUCGAAAAUAGCGCGCGAGUCCCUUGGCAUGCGCAUUGCGCAUUGAGUGCGCACCGUUCUACGCAUGCGCCACAAUCGACCGGAGUUCGGUUGGUCGGUUAUCGAAUGUCGAGGUUCCUUGCGAUAUAUAGAUUGUUGGACACUUGGCAGAGGGGCGGAAUUUAUCUCACGUCAGUUUCGAUCGAAGCGAAACUAAACUAGAAGAUCCCUGUCAAACGUGCCGAAAAUUACAACUUGAACAAUGAUCCGCUUCAUCCUGAUUCAGAACAGAGCAGGCAAGACGAGAUUAGCCAAAUGGUAUAUGAACUUUGACGAUGAUGAGAAGCAGAAGUUGAUAGAAGAAGUGCACGCAGUGGUGACAGUCAGAGAUGCAAAGCACACAAACUUUGUCGAAUUCCGAAACUUCAAGAUUGUGUACAGGCGCUACGCUGGACUCUACUUUUGUAUAUGUGUCGACGUCAAUGACAAUAAUUUAUGUUACUUAGAAGGUAUACACAAUUUCGUUGAAGUGCUCAACGAAUACUUCCAUAACGUUUGUGAAUUAGAUCUGGUAUUUAACUUUUAUAAGGUAUACACUGUCGUUGACGAAAUGUUUUUGGCGGGUGAAAUCAGGGAAACCAGUCAAACCAAAGUACUAAAACAGUUAUUAAUGUUAAACUCUCUAGAAUAGACGAUAUAAAUAUUGCAAAACGUUGAAAUCAUUGUUCUCAAGGUGAGAUUUACCUGACUCAUUCCAUGGAUCUGUCAAAGCGAUACAAAAGUAUUUAUUUAUAUAAGACGAAAAGCAAGUAAAUCGUGUUACAUUUAUAUCGAUACGCACCGUAUCGAAGUGAUAUUGGAGAUAUUUAUGUAUAUCUUAUUUUCCCUUUAAUAAAUCAAGUCUUUUGAUUAGAUUUGUUAACAUCCAUUAUUCAAGUGAUCGUUGUUCCAUUUGAAAAUAAUGCAUAAUAUAUAAUCGAUUGAUUUUCAAUAAACGUAUGAUUGAAUCGA